CACCUAGGCAUGCAGACUGCUUCUACAAACAGAAUGGGUCGCUCUCAGGAGCUCAGUAAAUUCAAGCGUGGUAAUGUGAUAGGUUGCCACCUGUGUAAUAAGUUUAUCUGUGAAAUUUCCUGGCUACUAAAUAUUUCACAGUCAACUGUUAGUGGUAUUAUAACAAAGUGGAAGCAACUGGGAACAACAGCAACUCAACCACGAAGUGGUAGGCCACUUAAAAUGACAGAGAGGGGUCAGCGCAUGCUGAAGAGUACAGUGCUCAGAAGUCCCCAACUGUCUGCAAAGUCAAUAGCUUAAGACCUCCAAACUUAAUGUGGUCUUCAGAUUAGCACUACAGUGCGUAGAGAGCUUCAUGGAAUGGGAUUCCAUGGCUGAGAAAAUGCAUCCAAACCAUACAUCGGCAGGUGCAAUGCAAAGCAUCAAAUGCAGUGGUAUAAGGCACACCGCCACUGGACUCUAGAGCAGUGGAGAUGUGUUCUCUGGAGUGAUGAAUCAUGCUUCUCUAUCUGUCAAUACGGUGGACGUGUCUGGGUUUGGUGGUUGCCAGGAGAAUAGUACCUGCCUGACUUAAUUGUGCUACGUGUAAGGUUUGGUGGAGGGGGGGGGGAUUAUGGUGUGGGGCCGUUUUUCAGGGGUUGGGCUUGGCUUAGUUCCAGUGAGGGGAACUCUUAA